AGCGCCUGUCAUGUGACGCCUUAUAUUUCCAAAUCGCCAGCCGCCGUGGCCAGCAAGUUGGUGUACUUUACUACACCGCGGACGUGCAUUGGCCGCUGGCGUCCAGCAAACGCAGUGAGAGUGCAGCUCUGAGUGAGAUGAGCGGCCACACCGCACCGACACCCCUAUUGUGCGGCUGGCAGCAUCACCCGCCGCCCGCAAUGGCGUUGGAGCGGCUCUAGUAUGUUCACUCGUCUCUCUGCUGGCGACUCCACGCCGGACUACCGACAGGCGAGGGCUAGAGAUGUGUUUUGUCGAGAGAUAUUACCACGAGAGCAUGCACAUUUUCCUCCAGUUUACACUUUGGACCGCAGUUCAUUUAUCCUCCGCGUUCAACGAGGCUGGAGCCGUGGAUGUGUGACUGGGCCUGAAGGAUUGGACCAGGUCAAACUAGAUUCCUCACUCCCAUAUUCUAAUGAGGUCACAGCGAUGCUGACAUCCUCUCUAGAUCCAAAGACGUCAUCAUGCUGAAGAUGGAGUCCACGGGGGAGAGGACCAGUCUCCGGAGUGCCUCGCCCCACCGUAAUGCCUACCGGGCUGAGUUUCAGGCACUGAAGAGAGCCUUUGACCAGCCUCGGAUUGAAGGCAACUCAAAGCCCAAAGACGUUGAGCGGGUGAAACAGCCAAGAGGUCGGCAGUAUGGCGCUCAUGUCAGCCGCAUUAAAGACAUGUUCACGCAAAUGAGCACAGACAACGUACCAGCUAAAGCCAGGGGUCGCGAAGAGUCCUCGCCACAGAAGCUGGUGAAGCCUACCAACUUCAUCAACAAGGCCGAUGGGUCGGUGGUGAAGCUCCACCAUUCCUCGUCAACUGAGAGGGUUGGAAGUAUUGGGGCGAAGUUCUCAGAAACCAGGAAGCUGUUUGAACAGCAGUCACGUGACCAAUCGCAGUCACCAGUCUUUCCAUAUGGACGCGAUAAAAGGGGCUCCCAUGAGCACCUGGAUGAGUGGCGAGGGGCAAGGUCCAACAGAGGCAGCACGGACUCCUUGGAUUCACUAUGCUCCAGAACAGAGGCGUCCUCGCCAACUGUCAGCCAGCUCAGCGCCGUUUUUGAAAGUACUGACCACCCCAACCAGGGCGGUUCCCACAGAGGAGUCAGUAGACGAGCCCUCUACUCACCUGAUGGAUCCCAACGCCAUGGAGGUGAUCUCAGUGAGGAUGAUUCCCGACAAUCUCCAAUUCUUGGAACCCACCAGAAUAAGACCACGGGCAAGUUUCCGGCAUCCUUGUCCUCCGAGGAUCUCCUGAGCCCCAGUCCAGAGGCAGAGAUUUCAGAGCCCAAAACAGAACCUCUACGAGACGCAGAGCUCCAGGGCCAAGCUGGUGAGACUCAGAGGAAAGACAGACAGCAUUCGUCAAGGUUUGCCUCCAAUGGAAGCCAAAUAAAUGGCUCUUGCGGAGAGGAAGAGAAACUUUCGGAUUCAAUAAAACAUCCUGGGGCUGAAGAGGCUUCAAAAGCCCCCAAACCUUCUCAUGGUACUGUGAUUACAAACAAAGGCUCAGAAGGAGAGGAUGGGGAUAUUUCAAAAGAAGACAAACUGUCUGAGUCUCCCAAGGACCAGAUGGAAGAACCUGAAGAGGAAUACACAGGAAACGAGCGGGUUAUUUUUAAUGCAGAUGGGGAUGCGUGCUACCAGGGUUGGGGAGAGAGCUGCACAGAUCCUGAGGAUGACCUCUACGGCGAUGAUGACGAUAUCGUCUAUGACCCAGGUUCCGAUCUUACAGAAAUCCCUGGUCUGCCCGAAGAAAACAGAGAGGACAUCCCCCCAAAGAGGAAGAUCCGCUUCAGCACUUCUUCCAUUACAGUUUUCAACACCUACUCCAACGAGGACUAUGACCGCCGUAAUGAGGAGGUGGAUCCUGUGGCCUCCUCUGCUGAGUACGAGUUGGAGAAGAGGGUGGAGAAACUGGAGCUCUUCCCUGUGGAACUGGAGAAAGAUGAAGACGGCCUGGGCAUCAGUAUCAUCGGGAUGGGUGUUGGUGCUGAUGCGGGUUUGGAGAAACUUGGCAUCUUUGUCAAGACUGUCAUUGACGGUGGAGCUGCUGAGCGAGACAGCAGGAUCAAGGUGAAUGACCAGAUCGUGGAGGUGGAUGGGACCAGUCUGGUUGGUGUCACUCAAAGCUUUGCUGCCUCCGUCCUCAGGAACACAUCAGGAGUGGUUCGGUUCGUGAUUGGCCGAGAGCGUCCAGGCCAGCAAAGCGAGGUGGCCACCCUCAUCCAGCAGACCCUGGAGCAGGAGAGGAGACAAAGAGAGCUGUUAGAACAGCAGUACGCACACUACGAUGCUGACGAUGACGAGCAGACGGGAGAAUAUGCCACAGACGACGAGGAGACGGGAACGGCGGUGGCAGGUGAUGAGAAAAGCAUCGAGGUGUUUGACUUGCCAGAGAACGAAGACAUCUUGUCUCCUUCAGAAUUAGAUGCCACUAAACUCUACCAGAAGUUCAGAGAGCUCCAGAUCAAACACACAGUGACUGAGGCGGAGAUCCAGAAGCUUAAAAACAAGUUGGCAUCAGUAGAGAGGGAGAAGCAGCGCUGGGAGAAGGAGAAGAGCCAGCUGAAGGCCAGCAUCGAGGAAAACAAGGAGAGGAUGUUGAAGCUGGAGAGCUACUGGAUCGAGGCGCAGACCCUCUGCCACACUGUCAACGAGCACCUGAAAGAGGCCCAGGCCCAGUACCAGGCGCUGGAGAAGAAGUACAACAAGGCCAAGAAGCUCAUCAAAGACUUCCAGCAGAAAGAGGUGGAGUUCAUCCAGAAGGAGGAUGCAGAAAGGAAGCGACUAGAGGAGGCUGAAAAAGCUCACCUGUCUGAGAUCCAGGGACUGCAAGUUCGGAUUGCAGCGUUAGAGUCUGAGUUAAUGCAGCUGAUGAAGCAGAAUGGCAUCCAGGUCAACAACAACAACAGUAACAGCUCUGAGAGGCUCAACGCGCAGCAGCACAGCCCCGGCAGAGCUGCAACACACACAGAUGUUAUGGAGGACUGUCAGCACUCACCGAGCAAAAAAAGAGCUGUGCGGGACAUCAUCGGUACCACAGAGGGAGAGGCGGCACCUCCAAGCCCAGUCCACUGUUGCUCUGGGUCAGACUGCAGCGCCGGAGGAGCCGCGGGCCUCAGGGCACCCGGCAGCGCGGAGGGUUCGCCUAGAAACCCCCUGCACGACUCUCAGUCUCCUGCUGUGUCGAGCCCCUCUCACAGACAAGUGCUGGACCCCAGUUCCACAGAACCAUCAGCAGACGAUGGUCCAGAGAAACUCAAGGCCAAGAGCUCACUUACAUGGCCCCAUUUCUUCUCCUUUUCACGUUAUGUGGCGCCGACUUUGAGAGAUGAUCUGAGCGCCAGCAGCAGCAGCAGCUCGGCCGAGAUCAGUGGUCUGCUAGGCGAAGCCAAGAUGUCAGGACACUCACACACACUGGUGCCCUCUUCAGAUGAGAGUCUGGAUAUGAUAGAUGACGAGAUAUUAGACGAGUGGCAGCUGUCAAAGCAGCAUCAGUGGCAGAACCGAAGCAUAACGGAGUGGACUUCGCAACAGGUGGCGCACUGGCUGACGGGUCUCAACCUAGAACACCAUAUCCCACAAUUCACUGCCAAAAAUGUAAAUGGGGAACAGCUGCUACAGCUGGACAGCACCGAGCUCAAGGCUCUUGGAGUUGCAUCUUCCGAGGAUCGUUCCCUUAUCAAGAAAAAGAUCAAAGACCUUAAAGUUAUGAUGGAGAAGGCCAAGCGGAACCAAGAGAAAGUGGAGAAACAGCGUGAGAAGCUACGGAAGAAAGCUCUAGAGCAGCAGCAGAAAGAUGCACGCAAAGAGAGCGCAACAGAGUGAAAGACGCCUCAAAUUACCUCCUACCUUUACUGUAGCACCACACCAAGUAGCAUCUUGCGGAACAGAACGUCAGCAGGCCCCACAAACGAACCCUGAGGGACGCCUAAUCUGUAGUUCUCAGUGGUGGAGCUCCACACCCAACUGUCAGAGCUUGUUGAAGGAUCUUUUCACCGAGCAAAUCAAACCAAAAUGAGGAGUUGGAUGAUUGAAUGCUGCCCUUCAUUUUCCUCAUUUUACACCCAUCCUGUGUUUUUUUUUCCUUUAGUCUUUUAGGAUUUUUCUGAGUUCUAUUUAUUUGACUGUUUAUAGCUGUAAAUUGGGUUUAUUUAUUCAUAUCCAGAUUAAGUCUGUGAAAAGUUAAACUCAUCCUGCUUCGAUAUAUCAUCUUUUGAGACCUAAAACGUGAAGGUUGUGUAUAUGUAAAGUGAAUAAUACGGAUACAACUAUGUCUCAUGUGCCAUUUCAAUAGACUUAUGUAAAUCCUGUUCUAAUACACUGAAAAACAUUGUCUACUGCUUUGAUGAAACAUGCACAGGUCGGGCCUGUGGUGGAGUUUUAAAGGCAAUGGUCAUCUGGCACCACUGGAGGUCCCCAUGCUGCUUAUUUUCCCUGCUGAAGCGAGCGACAUCGACGCUUCAGUGGGAACUGAACUGGGAAUCACCGGCAAAAAUAAAACCUUGUGGUUCCUAAGAACACUGGAAGUGCAAACACUGUAAAUGUGACAUACGUGCGAUCCUCCUUACAGUGUACAAACUGAAGCAGCUCUCACUGGACAGUAAUCACUGGACUGCUUCUGAUAGUGAUUUUCAGGUACUGUGUAAACAGCAAAUUUGUACCGGGAAAAAAAGCAAAAAAAAAAAAAAAAAAAAAAGCCCUUAAAAUGAAACUUCAUCCUCAUAUUUAUGAUGUUGCUUUGGCUCCUCUUGUAACCUGCUUUUGACCUCUUUUUAUAUUCAGUAACAAAGUAGUAUCCUGCUGCUGCCGUUAGAAAUCUACCUGCUUCUGCGUAAGUGUCGAAACACCUACUAAACUAAUCCACCUUUUGCUCUUCAUUUUGUCCCCCCCCCAAAAAAAAAAGACCAAACGUCAGAGUCUUUUGUGCUUAUUUAUCUGGAAUAUUCUUAGUAUUGUUUAGGAACGCUGCCAUACAGGUAGUUUUCUCUGCUCAAGGACAGACGCAGUGAGACGCAGUGAGAUGCAGCAGAAGUCAAAUACCUGAUAUUUGAAUAACUCUGGAAUCUGCUCCCUACGAAAGCAUCGUAUUUGGAAUUAAUCAUGUUCAUGGUUCAUUUGUGAUUUUUAAAGUACUGUUAUUAACUUGUACUACCUUUUGAAAUUAUUUUCACUCAUGUUCUUUUUAUUGAAAUACCUCUUGCUUAAAGCAGCACAACGUAACUUUCAGCUUUUGUUGAGUUUGGCGUCUCCUUUGGACAAAAGCGGUAGUGCUUUACCAUUAGUGUGGAAGGGUUCCUACCAUGCUCCUUAAAGUUACAUAGUGCCAGUGAAGGUGAUACAGACCCCUCAGACCAUGACAGAGGUGUCAUUAAACCUGUUGGAAGUUGAUGUACCAUCACAAUGACUCUGGAAAUAUUAUAUUAAGGUGGAAAAGUUACGUAGUGUCGCUUUAAGAAUAUUAAGUUCACUGAGAUACACCUUUUAAGUAUCUUGAUUUGUCAUUCCCAACAAUCGUACUUUUAAGUUUACGACUUAUGUAGAGACGUGAUAAAUACGAGGACCGCUUCGGCAACGGCCCCCAUUAAGUUUUAAGAAGUGCUGCAGACGGGUUAAGACGGGUUAAGAACAAGAUUAGUUAAGUUUCAGAUAUUUCCAUGGUGUGCUAAAAGCAUCACAGGUUAUUUAUUUAUUACUAUAUUUUUAGAGGCAACCGACUAUUGUUUAUGAUUUAUACAAAUUAAGAGUUUUAUUGACAUAAGCUAAUGAUUUAUCCAGAAUUGUAUGAUUGCGCCUUUUUGCCAUGACAUUAUUAAAGUGUAUCGUUAAAAAGAUUUAAAGGAUCAAGUUAAGGACUGAAAGUAAAUGCAAAGAGAGGAGAAGAAAAGACGGCAGUAUUCCCUCGUUGUGCUUGUGGUUUUCCUUUUAAUACAAGCAGAGUUCAACUCCAGCUGUCCUCUAAUAAACUGCUACUGAAAUAUUCUUAUGAAAUGUUUUAUAACACUUGGACCCUCCUGUGAAUAUCCCCACUCCCUUCACAAGUCACUCUUUUCUAUGUAUAGUUAAACACUGAGAGCAAUAUGCUGUAAGAAACCUAACAAAGCCUUGUUUUAUAUCGUGUCAGUGUGUUUGCGCAGUCUGUCAGAGGGCCGAGGAGACCUUUAGCUGCAAAUGUGAUUGAUUUUUUUUUUUUUUUCUAUAUCAGCUUCCCCGGCGUGAUGUAACCAGCCUAGGAAUGAGACCCUGGUGCUGCAGGCAAGCAAAAACACACGUUUCAGGUCAUGGCCGCGAGCAUUUGUUUUUUCAUGUACAUAGAGAGCAAAAGAUAACUUCCACAAACUGCCUAGCCAUGCUUCCACUCAUACAUAGCUGUACUUACUAUCCUCUUUCUUUCAUGUCAUGACCUUGCUCUCUUUUUUGCAUUCAGAAAAAGUUUUAAAGGGCAGCUACCUGUCACACUGAAUAAAAUGUGC